AUGAAGGAUCUGGAGGCACAGGACCUGCAGAUCCUUGGGAGGCUCCCAGAGCUCCUCACACUCGUGCUUCGGAGGCCAUCUGAUCAUUUCUCCCCAGUCGUCAUCAAUGGUGGUGCAUUAUUAUUCCCCAAGCUGAGGUGCUUCAACACGGAGAAUGGCAUUGCCAUUCGGAGGACAAUUGAUGUGGAACGUAUCCGAGAUGAUAUUGUGAAAAGAUACAAGAUGGAAGAUGAAGUUAUGAGGCAGAUCGAGGCACUAGACUCUAUUUUGAUUGGCUUAACGCAAAAGUAUCUGAUAUAUGAUUUAUCCAUGCAUGUAUUUGUUAGGGAAAACCUCAGGUGGGCCUCAAGGUUUUACAAGACCCUGGAGUGGUCUAGCUAUGUUAUUCUUUCAGUUUCCGCUGCCGCUUUCACUGCCACUGGAUUCAUCGUACGAAGCCGCAAGAAAGAUAAGGGUCAUUUACGGGCUGACUUGAUCUCAUUUACUUACUUUGUUUCUUUCAUUCAUCCUACCACGCCCAAGGAAGCUGUGGUCAAGAUGUGCUGUAUUACUACGGAUGAAGCGAGUAUUCCAGAGAAACGAAGCAGCAGUUGUGUUGGAAUGUCUUCCAAAUCCAUCGAUCAGCUGCCAACAGCUCUUGACAAAUUUUCACUUGGUCAAGAAGCAGUGGCCCCCAUCCUCUGGAUCUCCGAAUGCAGUUCAGGUGGGAUGGCCUCAAGGAUGGGCAUGGGUACUGCCACCUACGGUGGUGUAUGGCACACAGUUCAAACUCUGCCUAGUUGCAGCCAGGCAUGUCAGUGCCUUUUCUGGAGGUCACGUGUAGGUAUAGCUAGCUCGCUCUUGCAUGCUGCUCAAAAGGAGCUGCUUGGUCUUGAUAAACAUGUGUACAAUGAUGCCAUGGGUGGCUGGGCGAGGUUUGGGAGUGGUGAUAAAUUGCAGGAGGUUUGGACAAAGAUGGAAGAGGAUGGGCUGGUUCCAGAUGAGGUUUCGCACUGCCAUCUAAUUGAGGGACUGGGUAGAGCAGGGCGGAUUGAGGAUGCACUCAGGGUGUCUGAGGAUAUGGUACAUGAGAGACAUGGUCCAACUACAAUGGCCUACGAUGCACUUAUUUUAAAUUUCCUUUCGGUUGGGGAUUUGGACAGGUGCAUCAAGUAUUACAAGGAUAUGUUGGAAAAGAAUUGUCCCCCAAACAUCGACACGUACUCUACGAUGAUUAAAGCCUUUCUGAAAGGUCGCAGGGUAGCUGAUGCGCUCCACAUGUUUCAUGACAUGUUGGCUCAAGGUGUUCUGCCAAAUACUGGGGUAAUAACAUCAUUUAUCGAGCCAUUGUGUUCAUUUGGACCACCCCACACUGCUUUGAUGAUCUACAAAAAGAGUAGGAAGGCUGGUUGUGUAAUAUCCAUGAAAGCUUAUAAGCUUCUGCUCGAAAGGCUCGGUAAAUCUGGGAAGAGUGGAACUGUUGUGGACAUUUGGGAAGAGAUGCAGGAGUGUGGGUAUCAAUCUGGUAAAGAGAUUUACGAGUUUAUUGUAAAUGAGCUUUGCAACGUGGGAUCUUCUGUGUUUGUGGUGGUGGAAUCACAUCAGAAUGGAUUCUGUCUUGGGAGAGUUGCUUACAGUAAGCUGAACAACAAGCUGUUGGAGAUGGACAAAGCUGAGACUGCAUAUAAUUUGUUUAAAAAGUCAAAGAUGCACGUGCAAUUACUAAUGCAGGGGACUAUUGUCGUGCUAAUGGUUGGCACUCCUGAGCAUAACCAGUUUGUGUUUUGA